GGUGUAAUACUGAAAAAAAAAAUUGUGAGAGGGAGGGAAGCAGAGGUGAGAGAGGAACUUUGAGCCUCCCUUUAAAUAUAAAAGUGCCCACCGGACUUCAAAGCAAUCAGAGUGCAUCGGUGAUCACUUCCUGGCUGAAUUUCUAAAUUCUUCGAAAAGACCACAUCAAUUUUAGAGUUGCAUUCAAGAGCUACUUUUGAUAGUGGUGCAUGUUAUUUUUCCCUGGUAGUAGUCGCAUUGUGUACUUACCAAGACUUUGCAAUGGUUCAACAAGGCGGGAAAAGUAAUGAGCGCAAAAGGAGACGAGAUUCACUGCGGGAUGUUCAGUCGUAUAUUAAAGGAGAGUCUUUCUUCAGAGUGGUCCCGCAGAUAAAGUUCAAAUGCAAGCAGAAUAGCUCGCAGGUUUUUCACAAAACUGUUUUCAGUGACGACUUCGCGGAGAAUGCAGCUACAAAAAUUCUUGCUCAGAGUGGAGGUACUAAUGCCGGUAUGUCUGGACAUUACCUGACCGGAGAGAAUGAACGUUGGACAGAAGUCAAUAAAACCAGUUUCUUAAAUCUGCCUACAAACAAUAAAUCAGAAGUAGAGAGCUUGCCAACUCUCAACGAAACAGUAUGCAAAAUGCAUUCGUCUACAAACUGUCCAGAAAAUUCGUUUGUCUCGUCGGGUAUUCUGACAGACAAGGAAGUUUAUCUCGGCUUUUUGCCUUUCUGUUCUGGACUAGAAUAUCAUCAAGAUAGUGAUGGCGGUAGCUCUUCAGUGGAAGUAACAGGAGAUGUCGUUGUCAAAAGAAGAUCAAACGCCAACGCCAGAGAACGUAGACGCAUGCAAAGUAUGAACGCUGCUUUUGACAGACUACGUGACGUCAUCCCAUCGUAUGGCGGUAACCGGAAGUUGUCCAAGUAUGAAACUCUGCAGAUGGCACAGAGCUACAUCAACGCGCUUGAGGAUGUCCUCAAGCAUUGAAGAGAAAAAAAAAAGGAAGGCCGAAAUAUCCAAAUACCAACAGUAUUAAUACCCAGAAAAACACAUGAUUAUUCUGACAUAGUCCUCAAAGGAGGGCCCUUAUAAAGUCAGACUAUAUGCAUUUAAUGUAUCCAUGCAAAAAAAAAAAAACAUAUCUUGCAUAUGUGUGGACUAAAUAGUACUAAAAAUUGGCGCCUUGCAAUUAGCGAGGUUUUGAUGCCCAAACAAAAACAUCUUUUUUGUUUACGCUUAGUUUUUAAGCCUAUAUUUACAAUGUGCAUCUAUAUCAUUCCUAAAAUAAUGUUUACUGUAUCAUUGUCAAAUAUGUGACACGGUGUGCUGUCACCUACUUAUUAAUGUGUUACAUUUAGUGGGAAACCAAACACGUCUGCGUGUAUGUAUCCAGAUAAUGUAAAAUUGAGAAAAAACCAGUCUGUACAUGUGUGGUGCGGUGGCUGAGCCCUAAAGCGCUUGGCUUCCGAACCGGGGAUCCCUGGUUCGAAGACUGGGGAACUUUACUUUACGUUAUUGUACAUGUUAGUACAAUAAUGUGAGAUAGUGUGUCUGUUUUGUUGCAUCAGUACCAACAUUGUAGAGACAAAAUGUUUGCUGUUCCUACAAUGUACUGGAUAACUGUAAACUCACCAUGUUUAAAUAUGUAUUUCUUUCUGGCCUAGUCACACUUUAUUGUGCCAUAGACUAAAACUGCACUAACCUAACUCUUUGACAUUGACAAAAAAACAUGAAGGCACAAUCUUCUUUGGCUACACUUCUGCAACUAAUGACCCUGUGCCAUGCGUGAAGCAAGCGCCAGGAAUGAUAAUUACUGGAAACUAAUCGUAUAAUUCGUUGGUCCAUAUGUUUUGUAUAUAUUAUCAUAAUAAAGACAA